UCGGUUUGCGCAGCGCCGCCUACGGUCGAACACACUUGCAUUAUUUACACAUCAGCAUAUGAGUGGUUUUACAAAACUCCGUGUCAAAGCAGAGCCAGUUCAGAAGCUGGAAACUGUACUGUAGUUUCAGUUCACUUCAUCCGAGUCAGUAUCAUCUGCAGUCAAAGAUGAAGAAAGCCGUGUGUUUGAGUCUGUGGGGAGGUGUUGUGACCCCUCAACUAUCCCAGAGUUUUCAGAAAUGUGAAGAAAAGUUUGAUAUUUUAAGGGGUUUCAUAAAUAAAGUCAUUGGAGAUGUUGGCAGUGAUAAUGCUCUGUAUCGAGCUGAGAGAGGAAAGAUAACUUUAACUCAGAUGAUUCCUGAGUUUGAAGCUGAAUGUCAGAAGGUGGCAUCUGAACAGGGUUUGUCUUUACCAGCCCAGUUCUCCAUUCAGAAGCUUUUGGAUGAAAUUAGUCAGGUUGAAUUUAAUAAGCAAAUACUUGAUGCUGCAGCCGUCCUCCGUCAUCAUGGCAUUGCCACAUGUGUCCUAGCCAAUAUCUGGGUUGAUGACACCGAUCAGAGAGAGAGCACUGCAAGGAUCAUCUCAGUCUUAGAGAGUCACUUUGACCUGGUUGUGCGAUCUUGCCAUGUCGGUGCCCGAAUCCCUGAGUUGGACAUUUUCAACAUGGCACUCAAGAAACUUGCUGUAAAACCUCAAGAAGUGGUCUGGUUGGAUGUUGCUGAAGAAAGUGUUAAGACAGCUGAAGGUUUGGGAAUGACUGCUGUUCAGAUCAAUAACAUCACUGAGACUCUUCAGGGAAUCCAGAAGCUUACAGGAAUAGAGGUCACCGGUGAUCUCCAACCAUAUAGCUGUGAUCCUGAAGAUGUCUCGCAUGGAUAUGUAAAUGUUAAGCCUGGCGUGAAGAUCCACUACGUGGAAAUGGGAGACGGGCCACCUGUUCUCCUUUGUCAUGGGUUUCCUGAGAGUUGGUUCUCAUGGAGGUAUCAGAUUCCCGCUCUGGCCGCGGCUGGAUUCAGAGUUCUGGCUCCUGACAUGAAGGGUUACGGGGACUCGACUGCACCUAAAGAUAUUGAGGAGUACUCUCAAGAACAGAUCAUGCUGGAUCUGGUGACUUUUCUGGAUAAGAUGGGAAUCGCUCAGGUGACAUUGGUGGGUCAUGACUGGGGCGGUUCUCUGGUUUGGAACAUGGCUCAGUAUCACCCUGAAAGAGUCAGGGCCGUGGCAUCUCUCAACACACCGCUGUUUCCUGUGGAUCCAAACACAAACCCACUGGAGAAACUGAAGGCCAUACCGCUCUUUGAUUAUCAGCUCUAUUUUCAGAAACCUGAUGUCGCAGAGGCCGAACUGGAGAAAAACCUGGAGCGAACUUUCAAACUGAUGUUCUAUGCAAGCUAUGAGACUGGUAAACGGCCCGAGUUUAACAGCGCUGGGGUCUGCCAGAGAGGUGGAUUAUUUUCACUGUUUCACAAUGUAAAAUCCUACACUAUGGCAUUACAGUAUGUUGUAAGCUCUCACCAUGCAAACACAUCUACAGUAACUCAAGCAGGGCUCUCAAAAGUGUGACGUCUAAAAAGGUUUUCAGUAUUUAAGACAUUGCUAUAAGAAACCUAGAUUUGCUAUAUGCAUCCUUGUGGAAUGUGAAACUGAAUGUUUUGUGUGUUUAUGUAACAAUCUGUAAGCAAAUCUGAAUGAACACAAACAAUACAUACAGAGACUUAACAAAUAGGUUUGUUUGUGCUUUUUAUUUGGCAGUUCUUCAAAAUCUGAGGUUUAAGGAAUUUAAGUUAAAAAAUGUGUACUUGAAAUAAACAAGUGUGUUGACAUAUAUAAACUUGCAUACAUUCUAAGUAUGUUUCCAUAAACCCUUUAUGUUUUUGCCAACAAUAUUAUGUUUUGUGCAAAAGCUGAAGUUGUUUUAAACUUGACAUCUGACAUCAAUAAGUUAUAAAUGUUAAACAGUGAUCCUUCUGUUUGUUUGAGGACAACAUAAGAGUUUUAUUUUUGUUAGACCAAAAUAUAACUUGAUAACUACAGACUUUUAACUAUUUGUUGGCUAAGUUGUAGAGGAUGAGCCCAAGCAAAAUGUUAAAAUAAAAUAAACAGGAAUAGUUAAUACAGGACACAUGUUGACGUGUGAUUUCACAGUAAUGGUAGCCGUCGAUGUGUUUGUAAGGAUAUUUCGUGAAAGUUAGUUUAGUUGUCUGGUCAGAGUUUAUAUUCUGAAUAUGUACUUGAAAAGUUUUGUAGCUUAGGUUUUUAGAGAAAGGAUGCUUUUUCAAUUGGAUCUAUGGAUUGUAUUAAUGUUAUUUAGUUCAUUUGAAUGUUAAACCAAAUGAUUGAAAAGCAUAGUUUUAUUUCUGUGAAGUGUUGUCUAAACCUGUAUCAAAUAUGAAAGUGUAUAGAUAACUUCAAUAUGUGUUUUAGUAGCUUUUAAAGUUUUAUAUUGAGAGAGAGAGAGAGAGAGAGAGAGAGAGAGAGAGACCCACAACAGAUUAUUAGAUUAACAACAAUUGUCUGUGUAAAUUUGCAUGGGUGUGCAUACAAUAGUUGAUGCUUUGAUCUGAAGAUUCGGGUAUAUAAACAUUUUCAUUUAUAUUUGAUGUUUCUUUAUAACAUGUGUUUUAUGUGAACUGAGAUGCUGCUGUUGUGAUCGUGUUUUUCUGUCGUCUCAUGUGGUGACAGGAUGUGACAUCAUAAGGCUGCUCUUCAAUAAUCACCAGCAAAAAAAAUGUUUUUUUUUUUAAUUUAGUAUUUUCCUUUAUGAUGCUAUUCUUGAAAUUAAAACAGUAAGGGACUUUCUAGUUUUUGUUUUGUUUGUUUGUUUGUUCGUCAAUAUCUGUAAUAUUAUUAUUUUUUAUUGUUCAGUCUCAACCUGUAACUCUUUCAUUUUAAUAACAAACAUCAGCUGUCCGAUAUACACAGUGUUCAUGGCGUGUAUAAGGCAAAUCAGGGUAAAUAGCAGCAUAUAAUUUUAUUUUAUUUCAUAACUCGGUUCAUUAUCGUACUGUAAGCUAUAUGUGAAACAUCUGAUUGUUAAAGUUAUACAAAUCCAGUCAUCUCUUUAAACAUGGUCUCCAAAGUUAUUCAAUUCUUAUUUCCGUCUUUAUGGAUUUAUGGAAUGUGUCAGAUUGUUUUUCACAUUCGAUACAUAACACAAUGUAUUUUUGUUUAAUUUUAUGUGACAUCUAAGGUUUUUGUUAAUGGAAAUGAUACAAAGCUUAUAUAUAUAUAUAUAUAUAUUGUACAGAAUCCACAGAUGAACAAGAUACAAAUGUACACAAGAACAAAUGCUUAAAUUUUGUAUCUUUGUCAUUUUAAUACAAUAAAAUGUGACUGAAAUAAGUGUGGUUUUGUGAUAGACUGGUCUUUUAGUUUGAGUAAAUGAAAUUUAUGAGAAAUAUGAGCUGUGUGGAUGAUGCCGUGAUACUCGAGGCUGUCCAGUAAAUAGCAUAAAAGUUUGUUUAGUAAAGUUAUUUAUGGACAGAAUGAUUUCCAUUUUUAUAUAUUUUGUCAAUAAUUUAUGUCUUAUACAAUAAAAAGUCUUGAAUCCUG